AAGCGAAGUGGGAAACGUUGGGAGUUCAAUCUGGGUUCCCAUGGCUGAGCCGGGCGGUUCAUCCCAUCUCCGGCGGGAGUCUCCUCGCUUCUUGCUGCUGUUAGCCCCGCUGCUCAUCUUCCUCCUGCUCCCCUCCUGGGUCCGGGGCGGUCGCUACGACCCCACCUGGGAGUCUCUGGAUUCCCGGCCCCUUCCGCCCUGGUUCGAUGAAGCCAAGUUUGGGAUUUUCAUCCACUGGGGUAUUUUUUCCGUGCCAAGUUUCGGCAGCGAGUGGUUUUGGUGGUAUUGGCAAGCAGAAAAGAAGGAACCUUAUGUAACUUUUAUGAAGAAAAACUACCCUCCUGGAUUCACUUACGAAGAUUUCGGCCCUAUGUUUACAGCUGAGUUCUUUGAUGCCAACCAGUGGGCAAAUAUUCUGAGUGCUUCAGGUGCCAAAUACGUUGUCUUGACUUCAAAACAUCAUGAAGCAACUUGUAGAGACAGUAGCAUGUGGAGGAAAUCUUUUGGUGAAUAUUGGGCCCACCCAUGAUGGUCGCAUUCCUAUUAUAUUUGAAGAGCGUCUGAAGCAAAUGGGGACUUGGUUGGCAUUGAACGGUGAAGCUGUUUUCAGCACUAAACCUUGGAGAGCCCAACAUGAUAGCAUAACACCAGGAGUCUGGUACACAUUCAAACCAAAGGAAAACAUUCUGUAUGCCAUUUUCCUUAAGUGGCCAACUUCCGGAACUCUGACGCUGGGUGAACCAAAAGCUAUUCUUGGGGAAACAAAGGUGAAACUAAUAGGAUAUGAAGAAUCAUUGCCCUGGAUUUCUAUGGGAGAAAAAGGAAUGAUGGUGGCUGCACCUCUGUUACCAUUCAAUAAAUAUCCCUAUCAGUGGGCCUGGACUCUACAGCUUAAUAAUGUACAGUAGUGACAGAAUCUUGCUCUGCUGAAUUUUUGUAACUGGAGAAAUAAGGAUAGAUUUAAAAUAGAAAAUAAUUCAGGCACCAAUCUUCUUUUCUUCUCUUAAUACUUUUAAAGCAAAGUUGAUGGAAAAAUGCAUAUAGCAAUCACAAAAGCUGGAAUGGUUAAGUAAAUUGAUAUUGUCCAGUGAAUUCUGAGGUAUUGAAAUAACAAUAGCAAUUAUAUACCACUUCACAGUGCUUUACAGCCCUCUCUAGUGGUUGACAGAGGCAGCCUAUU